AUGUCUAGUAGUGAAUUAAGUAGCAUUUCAUCUUAAUCGGAAAUGCAAUCUUCGUCUUCUUCAGAAACAUCUUCUCAGUAAGGAUCAAAAAAAGAAUAUAUUGAUAAAAGAAAAAGGAAAAUGAAUAAUAAAUUUAGCAGUGCUAAUAACAAAAGGAUACAUUAAUUGCGUAAAAGUUAAUCUCAUAACUCUGAUCUUUUGAAUAUUAUUCCUAGUUCUACUACCUCAAUCAUAAAUUCUCAAAGAAAAAAAAGCAUUAAGUUUAAUCUAAGCAGCAAUCAAGAAGUCAAUUUAGGAGAUGAAAAUGCAUUUUAGUAGAGGAUAAAUAGGGGCCGAAGAAAAUCGAGAUUUAGCAAAACAGAUUUUUUGUGUGAAGAUGUAAGUCCUUUUAAAUCUCUACAAAUGAGGAAACAAAAUAGUUAGUAGUUGAUUCUGAAAAGAAAAAUAUCUGAUGGAGACUAUCCAUAAUCUAUAUUAAAAAAAUCUUCGUUUGAGAGAUCAAAGUCAAUGAUUGAAAGCCCUGCAAAUAUAAUUAUAGAUAGCAAUCCUUCUCCGAAAAUGCUUUAAAAUAGAAGGCAUAAUUAAAUACCAUCUUUGGAAUUUAUAAUGAAUGAAAGUAACCCUCAGAUAUUCUAUAAUUUUAAUUCACCUACAAAUUAAAUUUUGAACAGAAAUAACUCUCAAAUUUCAACAGCUAUAUUUCCUCCAUAAGAUUCCAUCUAAAAUUUAAAUGAAAAAUAAAAUGAUUAUGUUAAAUAACCAAAUAUUCUUAAAAAUAACAAUGAUCUUGAAAAUAAUUUUUUUGGAGAUAAUUAUAGGCAGAGGCCAUAAAGACUCUCUUUAGAAAACAUUAACUAAUAAAUAAAAUUGCAACUUCCUAAUAAUUUAAACAUAAGUGACAUCAGUUAGCAAAAUAAUAGUAAUCCAAGUCUUAAUAAUUUUAGCAAUAGCAAUAAUGCUCAUACUCCUUAAAGCAGGAAUGCUUAUCAAUUAAAUAGCUUGCAAUUAAAUAACUCUGUUUAGACACCUUCAAGUUAAAGAAAUAGCAAAAAUCAGAAUUAAAUAGAAAACAUAAAUGGCAAUAUCGGUUUUAGCGAUUUGGCUUUGUAAUAUACAAGUAACAGUACUUAAGCAUAUUCAAAUCCAAAUUUGCCUAACAUCAUUACAACCUAAGGAAACCAUCAUCAUAGAAGUCCAUCCCAAUAAUAAAUUAUCAAUAAAAAGAAAGACUAUUAAGAAGUUCUAAAAGAGCUUGUUGAUACUUAAGAGAGACUUAGGGCCGAAGAAGAAAAAAACGAGUACUUAUCCCUUGAGCUAAAGAAAAAUCAAGAAAAAAAUAACGCUUUAUUGAGACAAUAAGAAAUUUUGUUAAAAAAGAGCUCAUUUAAACAAUCUGUUCUUAGAGAAAUGAACUAAAAAUUGAAUAACAUGCAGAAUUGCAAUAAAUUAGUUGCUAUUCAUGUUCCAUUCAAUCAAAAAAUUAUGUCAAAAAUAAAUAAAAUGUACACAUUAAUUUUUUAUGAAACAAUAUUUUUAUCAUAAAAUGCUUUAAAAAGAUAGCCAUUCUUUUGUUAAAAUAGCUUAUAAUAUGUCAAAAAUUCUAUCUAUAUAUAUAAUCUAUUGGUGAUCAAUAAUCUAUUAUCAUUUAUUGUUGCUCCAACUAUAUUUAAGCAAAAAACUAAUGCUAAAAAUAUAGAGUCUUAUUUUUAUUCAGCUUAUGACUCUUCGUUAAUAUCUCAGAUAGCUUUUUAGAUUUUUAUUACUAUUCUAGUGUUAACAAUUGCUCAUUUAGUAAAUUUAUCUAAUAUGAAAAGAUAAUAUAUCAGAGUUAAGUCAAAGGGAAAAGACAAAAUAAAUUUAUUUAAGCUGGUUUUUAAUUCAUUUGAUUUUAAAGAGAGUAAAAGUGAAUAGCAGGUUGAUUAUUUUUAAGAAAAGUACUCAUCAAAUCUGAAACAGUAUAUAAUAAAAAAGAUUAAAAUUAAUUCCGCUGACAAAAGUCCUAAAAUUUUGAUUUUUUUAAAGUACUUUCUUAUAUUUAUAUACUCUGGAAUAACGUUCUCUGCUUUGUUUGUUUUAAAGAUUAUAUUGUCGCUUGAGUAUUCUGAAUAAAUAUUUUAUUAAGGAAUAGUUCUGUCUUUUAUGACUAUUGGAAUGUGUGAGCUUGUUAGCAUUUUAUAUAGUAAGAUAAACGAUUUAUAAUGUUUAAAUUUGGACAAAAAUAAUUUAAAAGAAAUUUGUAAAAUUUAAUCAGUUUCUGUUUUAAUUUUAUCUUGCUAUUUCGUAGUUUCUACCUUAAAUAUAAUCUUUCAGAAGCAAGAUUUUUCUUUCCUUGCUAGUAUAAAAACAUCUUUUAAUUUCAUAUAAAGUGAUCCUAAUUCAAAAUAGCAUCAAAAUGGUUUUUAAAUAGAAUGCCCAGAAAAAAUAGUAAGUUACAUUAUGAUAUAAUAUUUUGUUCUUUUAAAUGCAAAAAUAUUAGUUAAAAAUGUACUUAGGUUCUCUAAAAAUAAGUUAUUUCACAUAUUUUAUUAGAAGUAGUCGUAUAAAAAAAGCUAAAAUUUUGAAUUUUAUGAGAACCAACAUUAUGAUUGUUUACUAUUUCUAUUAAUUCUUAUUAAUCAAUCGUUCUUUUUGUGGUCCAGUCUUUUCGGUUUGCUCUUAUUUAUAGUCAAAUUCUUGAUUAAUUAUGCGAUUCUAAGAAAUUCUAAAGUACUUAACUUCAGCCAAUAUCAAUCGUUUUAAAUCUAGAAUAGAUUUAAUUAGGACUUUACAUAUGUUCUCAUUAUUUUUAUUUUGUAUUCAUUUUUACUCAAUUCGUUAAGUUAUCAAAAAUUCUUUGAUUAAAACGGUUAAGUAUGCGGCCCAUUUUAAGGUAACUAAAACAUAUCUAGUUAUAUUUAUGAAAAUCUAUUUACAUAGCCUCUCACUUAAUAGAUUUAUUAAAUAAUUACUUGGCCUCCACUGUUAUGGAUUUUAUUGCUUAGUUAUUUAAUGCGCUAAUGGAUUAGUAAUUUAUCGGGAUCAGAAUGGAAAAGUGAAAAAAAAAAUUAAGGUAAGAUGAUGAAAGAAGUAAAUAAACAUUACUAGUAAAAGUUAUAAAAUUUAGAAGUCAAAAUAAAAAAUACCAAAACAAUCUUGGUCAGCUCUUAAAAUUUUUAAAUUAAUAAGAAUUAAUGA